GCCCCGGUUAAUGUCUCUUUUUCCCUCUCUUUUGCUUUUUCGUGCCACUCUGCAAAAUGUCCGACCCUUGCAAUUGCAGCUUAUCAAACCCUAGAAUGUCCAAAUUCAGUUUCGGUUUUAGCUCCAGCGUCUUCUUUUGCUAGAUCUAUGCAUUCUGCUGAAGACCUACUUUUGAAUAACUAUCUGGGAGAUGAAAAUGGAGGUGUCCUCAGAACAAUCUGGUGAAUUUAUUUCAGAAAAUCCCCAAAUUCCCUCAGAAUUGGCCCAUGUUGAUUCUUCGUCAGAAACCAUGAAAAGAUUUUCUGGAGUUGGAAAGUCUAGGGUGGCAGUUGGGUCAAAGGGCUCCCCUGCAAGUGCUCCUGUCAGAAAACGAGUAGGACCUAGAAAUGUUUCAGAUUCUACAUUGGGUGCAAAAAAAUCGGGUUUAACUAGUUCUUCUAGUGGUUCUACAACUUCAGUAUCUGUAGCACGAGGAAAUAGUAGUGGAGGAUUACUUGAGAAGCCAUUGAAGUCUGAUGGAAGAACAAAAAACUGUAUUGAUUCUACUGUCAGGAAAAAAGGCAGGCUUUCUUCAGUUGCAGAAUCUGCAAGGAGAUCCCUUCCAGAGCUUAGGUGGGGUUCUGUGUCUUCAUCUCCUGCUAAAGCUUCAGCCCGAGCUAGCAUCUCGGGGACUAGAAAAUCAGUUCCAGCCUCGCCAAUGGGCCAGAGUUUGAGGAAAUCCAUUUCAUCUGAUGUGUCAGAGCUAGAGGCUGCAAUAAAAUCGUCGGUUAAGAUAGCAUCACCUGUAUCUUCUUCUUCAAGAAAGGUUGCUUCUUCUUCAUUGGAUGGCAGCUGCAGCUCAUCAACUAGGAGAACAAUUUCUAAAAUUUCUUCCUCAUCAGCACGGUCACCAUCUAUCUCCAGUACAUUAAGAUCAGGGUCCUUGUCAUCCUCUAAGGAUAAAAUUUCAACUUUGUCUGGUCGGAAGAAAGGACCAACUCCUGAAACCCGAGACUCUCAUUUUAUUGUUCUUCCACAGGUUGAGAUAAAAGCUAGUGACGAUGUGAGAUUGGAUCUUAGAGGGCACAAAGUUCGCAAUCUCAAUGCCAGUGGGCUAAAAUUAUCAUCAAACUUGGAGUUUGUUUAUCUUCGAGACAAUCUCUUAUCUUCACUGGAAGGAGUUGAAAUAUUGACAAGAGUAAAGGUUCUUGAUUUGAGUUUUAAUGACUUUAAAGGCCCUGGAUUUGAGCCUCUUGAGAAUUGCAAAAUGUUGCAGCAACUUUAUCUUGCUGGAAAUCAAAUAACAUCAAUGGCAAGCCUCCCACAGCUUCCAAAUUUGGAGUUCCUUUCAGUAGCUCAAAAUAAGUUGAAGUCUCUUGCAAUGGCAAGUCAACCUCGACUCCAGGUUUUAGCUGCCAGCAAGAAUAGAAUUUCUACUCUUAAAGGGUUCCCAUAUUUACCGGUUCUUGAGCAUUUGCGUUUGGAGGAGAACCCUAUACUUAAGAUGCCUCAUCUGGAAGCAGCAUCAAUUUUGCUUGUGGGGUCUACUUUGAAAAAAUUUAAUGAUAGAGAUCUUUCUCGUGAGGAGUUGGCAAUAGCAAAACGUUAUCCUGCACAUACAGCUUUGUGUAUAAGAGAUGGUUGGGAGUUUAGCCGCCCUGAGCAUGCAACAGAGUUGACUUUCCGUUUUCUAGUCGAGCAAUGGAAGGACCACCUGCCUCCCAAUUUUCUUCUCAAGGAAGCCUCUGUAGACCAACCUUUGGAAGAAGAUUCUUGUUGCUGUCACUUUACUUUCUUUGAAGAUAAUUCACUGAGUGUUAACCAACCAUUAACCUUGAAAUAUCAGUGGUUUCUUGGUGAGAGGGCACUUUCAAAUUUUGCUCCAAUUCCAGGUGCUACUAACAAGAUUUACUGGCCAAAACAUGAAGACAUAAAAAAAUUUUUGAAAGUGGAAUGUACUCCCAUUUUAGGAGAAACAGAGUAUCCUCCCAUAUUGGCCAUCAGUUCACCAGUUUUACCAGGAAGUGGAAUUCCAAAGGUUGUAGGCCUUGAAGUGCAAGGGGAGCUUGUGGAAGGAAGUAUUUUAAGGGGUUGUGCUGAGGUUGCUUGGUGCGGAGGGACUCCAGGAAAAGGUGUUGCUAGUUGGUUGAGGAGAAAAUGGAAUAGCAGUCCUGUGGUAAUUGCUGGAGCGGAGGGUGAGGAAUAUCUGCCCACCAUAGAUGAUGUUGGUUCAAGUUUAGUUUUCAUGUACACACCAGUAACUGAAGACGGUGUUAAAGGAGACCCUCAUUAUAAGUAUACAGAUUUUGUAAAAGCUGCACCUCCAUCUGUCAGGAAUGUUCAGAUAAUUGGAGAUUUUGUUGAAGGAAGUACCAUCAAAGGUGUUGGCCUGUAUUUUGGUGGAAGGGAGGGUCCCAGCAGGUUUGAAUGGUUACGGGGGAACAAGGAUGCUGGAGACUUUCUGUUAGUAUCAGCUGGAACAUCUGAGUAUACCUUGACCAAAGAGGAUGUUGGCCAUUAUCUGUCUUUUGUCUACAUACCUAUUAAUUUUGAAGGGCAGGAAGGAAAAUCUUCCUCAGUAAUGUCUGCUGUGGUGAAACAAGCUCCCCCUAAGGUGACAAAUGUCAAAAUAAUUGGUGACCUGCGAGAGAAUAGCAAGGUCAUUGUGACAGGUAUUGUUACUGGAGGAAAUGAAGGAUCUAGCAGAGUUCAGUGGUUUAAAACAUGUUCAUCAACUUUUGAUGGUGAAAGCAGUCUUGAAACAUUAAGCACUUCCAAAAUUGCUAAAGCAUUUCGCAUACCUCUUGGAGCUGUUGGCUAUUACAUUGUUACUAAAUUUAUUCCAAUGACGCCUGAUGGUAUAUGUGGCGAACCUGCAUAUGUAAUAUCUGAGAGAGUUGUUGAGACUCUUCCACCAAGCUUGAAUUUCUUAUCUAUCACCGGAGAUUAUGUUGAAGGUGGAAUGUUGACAGCUUCUUAUGGAUAUGUUGGAGGUCACGAAGGAAAAAGCAUAUACAAUUGGUAUCUUCAUGAGGUUGAAACGGAUUUUGGUUCUUUGAUACCAGAGGUUACAGGACUUCUGCAAUAUCGAAUUUCUAAAGAUGCCAUUGGAAAAUUCAUUUCAUUCCAAUGCACACCAAUACGUGAUGAUGGUAAUGUAGGUGCUGCAAGAACUUGCAUAGGGAAGGAGCGUGUUCGCCCUGGAAGCCCCAUAUUGCUUUCUUUACAGAUAGUUGGAGAUGCUAUUGAAGGAACAAGCCUCAGUGUUGAAAAGAAUUAUUGGGGUGGCGAAGAAGGCGUUUCAGUUUAUCACUGGUUUAGGACCAGCUCAGAUGGCACACAAAGUGAAAUUAGGGAUGCCACCACUGCAUCAUAUAUGCUCUCAUUUGAUGACAUUGGCUUCUUCAUUUCUGUUUCAUGUGAACCUAUCCGUAGUGAUUGGGCUCGUGGUCCUAUAGUCCUUUCUGAACAAGUGGGACCAAUAUUACCUGGUCCCCCGAUGUGUCAUUCUCUGGAAUUUCUUGGAUUGAUGAUAGAGGGGCAACGUUUGAGCUUUAAUGCUGUUUAUAGUGGAGGUGAGCAAGGAGAUUGCAUGUACGAGUGGUUCAGAGUAACAAACAUUGGUGUAAAAGAGAAGAUCAGCAAUCUUGAAUUUCUGGAUUUGACUCUUGCGGAUGUUGGUGGUUGCAUUGAACUGGUCUAUACUCCAAUAUGCAAAGAUGGAAGCAAAGGGAGCAUAAAGAGCAUUGUAUCUGAUGUGAUAUCUCCUGCCGAUCCCAAGGGAAAGGACCUUUGGAUUCCUGACUGCUGUGAGGACAGAGAGAUUGCUCCACAUAAAACAUAUUUUGGUGGAGAGGAAGGAAUUGGAGAAUAUAUUUGGUAUCGGACAAAGAAUAAGCUUGAAGGUUCUGUGCUGCUAAAUAUAUCUCACUCUUCUGAAGAUGUAGUCAUGUGUGGGACAGAGCCAACAUAUAAACCUUCACUUGAAGAUGUUGGAGCUUAUUUAGCAUUAUGUUGGGUGCCUAUUCGUGCUGAUGGAAAACAGGGGGAGCCAUUGACUUCAAUUUCGAGUUCCCCAGUUUCCCCUGCUCCUCCAAUAGUUUCUAAUGUCCGUGUGAAGAAGUUUUCGCAUGGAAUUUAUUCUGGAGAAGGUGAAUAUUUUGGCGGACAUGAAGGAGAGAGCCUCUUUAGCUGGUACAGAGAAAAUAAAGAGGGAACCAUUGAACUGAUUGGUGCAGCAGUUUCUAAAACUUAUAAAGUUUCUGAUUCUGAUUACAAUUGCCGCUUGUUAUUUGGAUACAUGCCAGUUCGAUCAGAUUCUGUUGUGGGAGAACUUCGAUUGUCUGAUCCUACUGAUAUUAUUCUCCCAGAGCUUCCAACUGUAGAGGUUCUUGCUCUUACUGGAAAAGCAGUUGAAGGUGAUAUACUAACAGCUGUUGAAGUGAUUCCAAAAGGGGAAGUCCAGCAACAAGUUUGGAGCAAGUACAUAAAAGACAUAAACUAUCAAUGGUUUCUUUCAUCAGAAAUGGGAGACAGAUUGUCAUAUGACCCAUUACCCGCACAGUGUUCUUGCUCCUACAAGGUGCGUCUAGAGGACAUUGGUUGUCGAUUGAAAUGUGAAUGCAUUGUGACUGAUGUGUUUGGAAGAUCAACUGAGGCAGUGUACGUAGAGACAUCACCUGUAUUGCCAGGCAUUCCUAAAAUUGACAAGCUGGAGAUUGAGGGGAGGGGAUUUCAUACCAAUUUAUAUGCUGUCCGUGGCAUUUAUAGUGGAGGUAAGGAAGGCAAAAGUAGGAUCCAGUGGCUUAGAUCAAUGGUUGGAAGUCCUGACCUGAUCUCUAUACCAGGAGAAACUGGAAGAAUGUAUGAAGCAAAUGUUGAUGAUGUUGGCUAUAGGUUGGUGGCCAUCUAUACUCCUCUAAGAGAAGAUGGAGUAGAGGGGCAGCCAAUUUCUGCAUCAACAGAAUCAAUUACAGUUGAGCCUGAUAUUCUUAGAGAAGUAAAGCAGAAGCUUGACCUCGGAUCAGUGAAGUUUGAGGUAUUGUGUGACAAAGACCGAACUCCAAAAAAGAUUCCUACUGUGGGAAGUCUUGAGAGGCGAAUCUUAGAGAUUAACAGGAAAAGGGUCAAGGUAGUAAAGCCAGCCUCCAAGACUUCUUUUCCUACCACAGAAAUUCGUGGGAGUUAUGCUCCUCCUUUUCAUGUGGAGCUCUUUAGGAAUGAUCAACACCGACUUAGGAUUGUCGUGGAUAGUGAGAAUGAAGCGAACUUGAUGGUGCACUCCCGACACCUUCGAGAUGUCAUUGUUCUUGUGAUUCGAGGAUUCGCUCAACGGUUUAAUAGCACUUCCCUCAAUUCUCUUCUGAAGAUAGAGACAUAAAUUCUUUCAUAUGCCUGUUGGUCAUUUCGGACCAUAUAUCUGAAGUUAAAUUGUUUGAGUUAUGCAUAUUGACAUAUUGUCUGUUCUCUUGCUCUUCGUUGAGCCUGAUCGCUAAACUCUUUACAUUGGGAAAAAUUAUUGAAGCAAAAUUCGUAGCUA